CUAAAUAUUUUAUUUGUCACAAGUUAUUGUUUACAGGAAAGUGUAUUUUUGUGGAGGUGCAGGGUCAUUACAGUUUGAUUUUAAGACAGUUGAAACUGCCACAAACAAAUUCUCUGAUAGUAACAUGCUAGGUCAAGGAGGGUUUGGCGAAGUUUAUGAGGGUGUGUUAACUAAUGGAACCAAAGUUGCAGUGAAGAGACUAUCAAAAUCAUCAGAACAAGGAGUGGAUGAGUUCAAGAAUGAGGCUACUCUUGUAGCAAAGCUUCAGCAUAGAAAUCUUGUAAGGCUUCUUGGGUUUUGUAUUGAAGGAGAAGAGAAGAUCCUAGUCUAUGAGUUUGUCCCAAACAAAAGCCUCGACUACUUCCUCUUUGAUUCUACAAAGCAAAUUGAGUUGAACUGGACAAAUCGGUACAAGAUUAUCGAAGGAAUUGCUCGAGGAGUUCUUUAUCUUCAUCAGGAUUCACGACUCACCCUCAUACACCGUGAUCUCAAGGCCAGUAACAUCCUCUUAGACACUGAUAUGGAACCCAAAAUAGCAGAUUUUGGGAUGGCAAGAGUUUUUGGAAUGGACCAAACUCAGUCUAAUACAAGCAUAAUCGUCGGUACCUUUGGUUACAUGUCUCCGGAGUAUGCAAUGCAUGGACAAUUCUCUAUGAAGUCAGAUGUCUAUAGCUUCGGAAUUAUAGUUCUCGAGAUCAUAAGCGGCAAGAGAAAUAUCACCUUCUACCAAACUGAUGGUGAUGUUGACUUGGCCACAUAUGUGAGAACCAUCCACUUAUAUUUUUCAAGUCUAUUGCAAAAUAUUGAUGCUUGCAUUUUGGGUUUAUUACAUUUAGGCCUGGAGGAUUUGGAAAGAAGGAGUACCGGAACAGUUGAUAGAUCCUGUAAUAAGAGAGAUUUGUGA